GCACUUCCGGUCCCCGCCCGGAGGUGGGUGGUGGGAGGCUGGAGGCCGGGAGUAGGGGUGGGGAGAAGAGCGUCCCGCGAAGCUGAACGCGUGCCGCGCGGCCCUGACGGUGCUUAGGCUGGGCGCAACCUAGAACAGAGGUUCCUUUCGUACCGUACAUCCAGGUUUGCACAGCGCGCUUAUGUCCCUCCUCCAAUCCGAUCCUGCUCCAGCUCUGCAGUAGUUUUUCUUAUUAUCCUCAUUUUACGGAGGAGAGGGAGCUGUGGCUUAGAGAAGUUAAGAGACGUGUCCAAAUUCAUACAACCCGUUGGGCACCUCUUUAUCCCGAACGCUGUUCUAGGGGAUAGGGUUAGUGAACAAAAAACGCAAAAGCCCCUGACCGCCUGAGCCUUACAUCUAUUAGGAGGAGGAAGACAGAUAAACUAAGGCUCGUGCAAAGGAGAAAAAUAAAGCAAGGUGACUUUCUGCAGACUUCGGACUCACCAGUGGUGUUUCGUUCUAUUUAAUGUCAUCCUAUUUCAUGCCUUGCUUUUUGGGGCUGACUUUGUGGAGGAAUACUUUCUGCAUUCUUUGCCUUAUAUAGAUAUGAAAGUUCUUGAAAUUAAGAAUAAGGCAAGAAAAUUGAACAUCGAACCCCUAAGAAGUAAUCUCUCCAAAUAUUAUGUCCUGAGCCAGUCGGAAAUAUGUAAAGGGAAGAACAUUUUUUUGCUGUCUCUUAUCUUCAGUAGCCCAGGAAAUGGAACAAGACGGGACCUCAUUAGGAAAACUUGGGGCAAUGUGACCAGUGUCCAAGGGCAUCCCAUUCUCACACUGUUUGCUUUGGGAAUGCCUGUUUCAGUAACUACCCAGAAAGAGAUCAACAAAGAAUCCCGUAAGAAUAAUGAUAUAAUUGAAGGAAUCUUCUUGGACAGUUCUGAGAACCAAACCCUGAAGAUCAUUGCAAUGAUACAGUGGGCUGCGGCUCUCUGCCCUAAUGCCCUGUUCAUUCUCAAGGUGGAUGAAGAGAUGUUUGUCAAUCUGCCAAGCUUGGUAGACUAUCUUCUCAGUCUGAAAGAACACCUAGAAGAUAUCUAUGUAGGAAGAGUUCUUCAUCAGGUUACACCCAAUAGAGAUCCUCAGAACAGAGACUUUGUCCCUCUUAGUGAGUACCCAGAAAAAUACUACCCAGAUUACUGCAGUGGUGAGGCCUUUAUAAUGUCCCAAGAUGUGGCUCGAAUGAUGUAUGUGGUUUUCAAAGAAGUACCCAUGAUGGUGCCAGCUGAUGUGUUUGUAGGAAUUUGUGCUAAGUUCAUUGGCCUCAUACCCAUCCACAGCUCAAGGUUUUCUGGGAAAAGGCACAUUAGAUACAACAGAUGUUGCUAUAAGUUCAUUUUUACAUCCGCAGAAAUUGCAGAUCCUGAAAUGCCCCUAGCAUGGAAGGAAAUUAAUGAUGGAAAAGAAUGUACACUGUUUGAGACAUACUAUGGGCUCAUUUCCUGCAAACUUCUGACGUACCUUGACAGCUUUAAACGUUUUCACAUGGGGACCAUAAAAAACAAUCUCAUGUAUUUUGCUGAUUAGGAUUUAUUUAAUUUUCCUUAUGAGUCUAUUAUUUUAAAGUUACCUUCUACCCUGUUAUGGAAAGCAUCCCUUCUUUCCCGUGUUUUAUGUAGGUUCUCUGAAUCUUUAAUUUUACUUGCAAAGGUACAAAAUGUUUUCUGUGCUCUGGUGUACUCAAUUACUGAGAUCUCAUUUUAAAAAAUUUAAGUUGGUGUAGCAUGAUUCUUUUCAAAAUGAAAUAUUUCUUUCAGAAGAGAGAACAUUAUGUUUCAUUGUUUGUUUAGUUUUCGUUUUUUGUUUUUUUUUUUCUUUUGAGACAGGGUCUGGCUCUGUCACCCAGGCUGGAGUGCAGUGGCGCAAUCUCGACUCACUGCAACCUCCGCCGCCUGGGCUCAAGGGAUCCUCCCACCUCAGCCUUUUGAGUAGCUGAGACUAUAGGCAUGCGCCACCAUACCCAGCUAAUUUUUUUUUUUUUUUUUUUUUUUUUGGAGACAGAGUCUUGCUCUGUCGCCCAGGCUGGAGUGCAAUGGCACCAUCUCUGUUCACUGCAACCUCCGCCUCCCAGGUUCAAGCAAUUCUCCUGCCUCAGCCUCCCAAGUAGCUGGGAUUACAGGUGCCUGCCACCAUGCCUGGCUAAUUUUUGGUAUUGUUAGUAGAGGCGGGGUUUCACCGUGUUGGCCAGGCUGGUCUCGAACUCCUGGCCUCAAGUGAUCCACCUGCCUGGGCCUCCCAAAGUGCUGGGAUUACAGGUGUGAGCCACCACGCCUGGCCUAAUUUUUGUAUUUUUUAUAGAGAUGGGGGUUUCAUCAUGUUGCCCACGCUGGUCUUGAACUCCUGGGCUCAAGUGAUCCUACCACCUCAGCCUCCCAAAGUGUUGGGAUUAUAGGUGUGAGGAACCGCACCUGCCAGUACACAAUUCAUUAUAACUAAGUUUUUUUUUUAUAAACUGACUAGUAAAAAUUAUGUAUAUUUAUGUUGUACAACAUGUUUUGAUAUAUGUGUAUGUUAUAGAAUGCCUAAAUCAACCUAUUUAACACAUGCAUCACCUGACAUACUUUUUUUGUAGUGAGAACACUUAAAAUCUACUCUACUAGCAAUUAUCAAAUAUUCAUAUAUUGCUGUUAAUUGUCAUGAUCAUGAUGUAUGAUAGAGCUCUUGAACUUAUUCCUCAUGUCUAACAAAAAUGUUGGAUCUCUUGGCCGUAUCUGCCAAGUUUUCCCAACCCCCAGUCUCUGGUAACCUCCCUUUACUCUCUGUUUCUAUGAAUUUGAGUUUUUUUACACUCCACAUAUAAGUGAGCUCAUGUGCUUAUUUGUCCUUCAAUGCCUGGUUUAUUUCACGUAACAUAAUGCACUCCAGGUUCAUCCAUGUUGUUGGAAAUGACAGGAUUUCUUUCAUUUAUAAGGCUGAAUAGCAUUUUAUUGUGGAUAUAUACCACAUUUUCUUUAUUCAUGCACUGGUGGACACUUAGAUAGAUGCCACUAAUCUUGUGAAUAAUGCUGCAUUGAAUGUGGGGAGUGCAGAUAUCUCUUUAACUUACUGAUUUGAUAUCUUUUGGAUAUAUUUCCAGUAGUGGAAUUGCUAGAUUGUGUGGCAGUUCUAUUUUUAAUUUUGUGAGGAACCUCCAUAAUGGCUGUAUUAUUGGUUUACCAUAAUGGCUCAUUGUGGUUUUACUUUGCAUUUCCCUGAUGAUUAGUGGUAUUGAGCUUUUUUUUUCAUAUACCUGUUGGCCAUUUGUACUUCUUCUUUUGAGAAAUGUCUAUUUAGGGCCUUUGGUCAUUUCUAAGUCAGGUUAUUUGGGCAGGGCACAGUGGCUCAUGGCUGUACUCCCAGCACUUUGGGAGGCCAAGGCAGGUGGAUCACCUGAGAUGGGAAUUCAAGAUCAGCCUGGCCAACAGGGUGAAACCCUGCCUCUACUAAACAUACAAAAAAUUAGCUGGACCUGGUAGUACGUGCCUGUAAUCCCAGCUAUGCGGGAGGCUGACACAGGAAAAUCGCUUGAAUCCAGGAGGUGGAGGUUGCAGUGAGCCGAGAUCAUGCCAUUGCACUCUAGCCUGGGCAACAGUCUGAGACUCUAUCUCAAAAAAUAAAAUAAAUAAAGUGAUUUGCUUUCAUGCUA